UUACCGCGUUAGUAACUGAAUUUGAUCGGUGGCAAUCAGACGUGUUUUUACACAGAGCGCAAAAAUCAAAGAAAUCACUAUGAAAAGAGAGCGAUCAACCGAAAGAAAGAGCAAGAGCUCGCCAAAGAGGCACAGCAUAGAUGUCUCCUCCAGUCAUUCCAAUGAGAGACAGUGGUAUGAUGUGUUGCUGGAACUCCACAUCAAAUCUAGUUACCAAUUGACAAGUGCAAUUAACAAGUCAGAAGACAGAAGGGAGUUGCCUACAGUCCCGCAACCCACCCACACAAUUGAGUGGUUAGCUCGCACCAGUUACAGACAUCGCCCUGUGCGUCUCAAUGUGCCUCAUGUACAACAAAGGAAGCACACUGUGCUACAACAAAGGAAGCACAAGGUUGCUAGGAGACGGUGUGUGCAGCAAUCGCAGCUUGACACCUCCUUCAUUGUCUACUGAAGGAGCAACUCUUGUCAUAGAAAUUGUACUGUGUAUGCAGACAUUGGUGCAAAUGGAGAGUUCAUGGUGGUUUGAUCAUGUGAACUACUCUUUUUUGUGAAAAAGACUGUCAAAAACACUUGUCUUGUGAGGAAACUCACAGUGCUCUGUUAAUGUGGAACAGACUUCUGAGUGUUGUUCUUGAUUGCAAUGAGACAAAUGAUGGUGACUUUUUUGAACAGUGUGAUUGACACACAAACCACCACAAUAGCAGACUGGUCUACAUAAUCAGUGUUAAUAUAUUUUAUAUAUGUAUAUUGUAUAUACAGAUGUAAAUAUAUUUAAAUCUGUCAUGUUGACAGCUAUGGUGUGCACAACUGUAAUAUGUAUAUUAUAUAUACAGUACAUUGUAAAUAGAUAGAUAUAUUUAUGUCAUAUUGACAGUUUACAGUUGUACAUAGUUUAAUAAAGUCUAGGCCAGCCUUUAGUAGAAAUUGGGGAGUUAACAUGCAGAGAGUUAAAUCAUGAAUAAAUUACAGCUGUAGAUAAAAGUAGGUCUUGCUAGGUCUUCUGACUUCAUGAAGUUUACCUAUUACAUAGAUAAUUAUAACUAAUACAGGUAAUUUAUAAAAUAGCGUUUUAUAAAAUAUAGAGUUCAACUUUUCACAACUUUUAGAUUAAAAUAAAGUGGGUUUUUUUUUA